AUGGCUCUGGCAGACAGUGAGCCCAAGGACAAGGCCUCAGCCCCGACCAAGGACAAGGCGAGCGAUGUGGAGAUUUCACUCACCUUGCUAGAUACCACCAAGGUCAGUUAUCUCUCACUUGAUACCCAACGAUCGGAGUGGGCCUUAGGCGUGGCCCACGGUGACGGUGGCACCGGUCCUGCCCCGGGCGGUGCCGGUGUUGUGGCCGCUCCUCCUCCCGUUCUCCCCGCUGGUGCUGACGUGGGUCCUGCCACCUCGAUGCGGUCCGCUACGGAUUUCAUGGCGUAUAGGCUCGCACAAGUCCUCGACCCCGCCCACGCAAAUAUGGAUAUCAACGGCCUGCUAUACCUUGUCAACAUGAACCGCACCGGUGCCGAUGAUGACCUGUUCGCCUGGAUGUUGCCGGCCCGCACCUCCGUUGACUGGCGCUCCGGGCGCCCUGAUGCCAACCGCUCGGCCCAUGUCGGUCCCGCCCUUCGCUCUGUGAUCGGACACCUGUGUGGUACGCAGACCCCUGUCGGUGGUGAGUGUGACAGCUGUGCUAAUAGGGACGGUCUGUUUGAGCACUGCCGUGUUGUUCAUGUUCUGGAUGCUGCCUAG